CAAUCAUUUGCCAUAAAAAAACAAACACCGGCGUGACUUUUUUUUAUAGCUAGCGUUAUUCUGCUGUUUGAAUGACGUCACAGUUCAUCUCAUUGCGUUAUUCUGCUGUUUGAAUGACGUCACAGUUCAUCUCAUUGGCGCCAAAUUAAACAAAUUAUUCUAAUUAAACGUGCAAUAAUUAAUUAAUAUAAACAUACAAAGAAAAUUAAGUGAUAUUCUUAAAGUAAAUAGGAAGGCAACCUUUGACACCAGCCACAGGUGCAUUGGCAGCCCUGCCGUCCAGCAGCGAACCCAGACAUGGACAGCGACGAUGACAACGGCAUGUGGGACUUUGAGACGUGUGAGUCCAUGGUGGGCGACUGGUGGGACGGACUGCGCGAGAGCAACCACCGGCGCCUGGAGAGCCGUGCCGCGGGGGAGCCGGAGCCCUACGCCGCCCUCUCCGCGCCCGUCGUGCAGGUGGUGUUCACAGCCGCGCACGCGCUGCACCAGCCCACCACCGUGCGCUACCUCGCGCUCGAGAUGUUCGACAGGUUCGUCCGGCUGCUGUUCGCGCAGCUGCGGGACUACACGAGGGCGGGCGCGGGCCGGGACGUGUCUCGCUCGCGCCAGUGGCUCCGUGUCCUCGCGCGCACCAGGAGCCAGACCGCGCUGCGCGUCAUGUCCUGCCUGCAGCUGGCCUCCAAGCUGCACCGGUCCACGCAGGCACUCUCGCCGGCCUCGGUGCAGAGCUUCCUGCGCCAGAUGGGGCAGCCCUUCUCCCGCCACAGCAUCAUGGCCUCCGAGCGGCGCGUGCUCAAGACCAUCCACUUCCAGUUCGGGGUGCCGGCCUGCACCUAUCUGCAGCACCUGGUGGGAUGUCUGCAGCAGCUGGCUCCGUGCCCCGACCCCAGUCAGCUGUACUCCACUGCGCUGGCCGUGCUGGAUCUCAGCUUCCUGAGCCACCACCAGGUGUUCCCGUCAGCGCUCACCGCCGGCCCCUGGCACCGUCGGAGUAUUCCGACGGCAGCUGGGUGUGAUCAGGUGAAGCUGUCGGCAGCGGUGCUGGUGUGUGCCCUGUUCGUGCUCAGUGACUACCAGGACGGCACGAGUCUCGCGCUGCACCGACUGACGGACCUGCCCAUGAGCGAGGUCGAGGAACUGGCCCGCACCAUCCUGGACGUGACUGGAAUCGUUCCUGCGUCGUCCGGCACUUGACAGCUUAUACAUUUGUACCGAGUGAUUUGUUUUUGUUACAACAUAUACCUUGUGCCAGGAAAAUAAAGUUCUCCGACUUA